AUGGACCACCACCCAAGUAGGGAUUUCUGCCGGCGGUUGGGAUUCCGACCGCCGGUGAACAAUGUACAUAAAAAUAAAGCAGAUCUGCACAUUGAGGGCUCCCUUUCUGCACGAGAAAAGGUCGGCGUACAAGAUUUCAUGUUACUGGACUCUCACACCAGCGAGGCUGCCUUCCUUGACAAUGUACACAAGCGGUUUCAGGAGAAUCUUAUCUAUACUUAUAUAGGGACAUUGCUGGUUUCUGUGAACCCAUACAAGGAUCUCGAGCUAUAUACUCAGAGACAGAUUGAGCUAUACCAAGGAGUAAAUUUCAUAGAGCUUCCGCCGCACAUCUAUGCAGUUGCAGAUAAUGCCUAUAGAGUAAUGUGUUCAGAACGGAAUAAUCAUUUCAUACUGAUAUCUGGAGAAAGUGGAUCUGGAAAAACUGAAACAUCAAAGAAAAUCCUUCAGUACUUUGCUAUGGCAUGUCCAACCUCAGAUAAGCUUCAGUCAAUUAGAGACCGACUACUCCUCUCCAAUCCUGUUCUAGAGGCUUUUGGAAAUGCCAAAACACUCCGUAAUGACAACUCAAGCCGCUUUGGAAAGUAUAUGGAUGUACAGUUUGACUUCAAGGGAGCUCCUGCUGGAGGUCAUAUCCUUAGCUAUUUAAUAGAGAAGUCACGGGUGGUUCAUCAGAAUCAAGGGGAGAGGAACUUCCACAUUUUCUACCAGUUGUUGGAGGGAGGAGAGGAUCAUCUGAUACGAUGGCUUGGUCUAGAUCGUAAUCCACAGCUUUAUAGUUACCUCAUUCAAGGUGAGUGUGCCAAAGUCAGCUCCAUCUGUGACAAAGCAAAUUGGAAGCUUGUCCGCAGGGCAUUUACCAUAAUUGAGUUCACAGAAGCUGACAUAGAGCAACUUUUUGGAUUAGUGGCCAGUGUCUUGCACCUGGGUAACAUAAAGUAUGAGGAAGACAGCCAUGGUCAUGCAAUAAUUAAAGACGGCGCGCAGAUCCAAUGGAUAUCUAAGCUUCUCGGAGUUCCAGUGUCCAUUUUACAAGAAGCAUUAACACACAGGAAAAUUGAGGCAAGGUCAGAACAGGUCCUCAGCCCUCUGAAUUUAGAAUUAGCAUAUUAUGCCCGUGACGCCCUUGCAAAAGCCAUGUAUGGAAGAUCCUUCAACUGGCUCAUUAACAAACUUAAUGGAUCUCUGGCAAAUAAGGAGCCACCAAAGAAAACUGUUAUUGGACUUCUGGAUAUUUAUGGCUUUGAAGUGUUUGAAACAAACAGCUUUGAACAGUUUUGUAUUAAUUACUGUAAUGAAAAACUACAGCAGCUGUUCAUUACAAUGACACUAAAGGCAGAACAAGAGGAGUACAGAACAGAAGGCAUUGAGUGGGAGCCUAUCCAGUAUUUUGACAACAAAAUUAUUUGUGACUUAAUUGAGGAGAAGCACAAGGGGAUAAUUUCUAUAAUGGAUGAAGAAUGCUUGCGACCGGGGGAAGCCACAGAUCUCAGCUUUCUAGCAAAGCUGGAAGAGAAGGUUGGAGACCACCCUCACUUCUUAACCCGCAAACUUGCAGGCCCAGGGACUAGGAAGGCAAUAGACUGGGUGGACUUCCAGCUUCUCCACUAUGCAGGGGAGGUUACUUACUGUGCUGUGGGAUUUUUAGAAAAAAAUAACGACUUGCUGUACAGGAAUCUAAAAGAGGUGGUUAUAAAAUCUAAAAAUUAUAUCUUAAGGGAUUGCUUUCAUGCAUCAGAACUGGACAACAGGAAGCGACCUGAUACUGUAACCACUCAGUUCAAGCAUAGUUUGUCAAGCCUUAUAGAAAUCCUGAUGUCCAAGGAACCAGCAUACAUUAGAUGUAUCAAGCCGAACAAUGACAAACUGCCUGGGAAAUUUGAUGAAAUGUUGGUCCGCCACCAGGUGAAAUACCUGGGCUUAAUGGAGUAUUUACGAGUCAGAAGAGCGGGAUUUGCCUAUCGCAGAAAAUACGAGACAUUCCUGCAGAGGUACAAAUCAUUGUGUCCAGAGACUUGGCCCAACUGGGCCGGCCCUGCACGAGAAGGAGUUGAGAGACUGGUGAAGCACAUGGGUUACAAACCCGAGGAAUACAAGCUGGGAAGAACAAAGCUCUUUAUACGUUUUCCUUGUACUUUAUUUGCCACUGUGGAUUCAUUUGAACAGAAGAAGCAUCAGCUGGUUUCAAAAAUCCAAGCCAAAUACAAAGGCUGUUUAGGAAGGAGGGCUUUUGUGAAAAAGAAGAAAGCAGCCAUCAAACUUGAAUCAUGUUGGAGAGGGGUUUUAGCCCGCAGGGCUGUCAAAAAGCGGGCGUGGGCUGCACAAACCAUUAGGAAAUUCAUCAUCAGCUUUAUUAACCGGAAUAAAUCUCCUACUGCGGAAAACAGUAAUUUUCUUCGCCUAAUGCAUUAUAACUACCUCUGGAAGCUGAAAGACCAUGUCCCAAAAAACGUCCUUGAUAAGAGCUGGCUGACCCCACCAUUACCUAUGACAAAGACCUCAGAUUUACUACAUAAGCUCUGUAUAAGAAACUUGGUGAGAAAAUAUUGCAGGACAAUUACUCCUCAAAGAACCCAGCAGCUGCAACAAAAGGUCUUGACCAGCGAACUUUUCCGGGGAAAGAAGGAGGGCUACCAGCAAAGUAUCAGCCAACCCUUUGAAGAGACCAGGCUAAGUGAACAGGACAUCAGUCCAAAGACUAUGCAGGUCAUGAACCAUGACAAGAUUAAGUAUGGCAUAACAGCAAUUAAGUACGACAGACACGGGUUUAAAGCUCGACCUCGCCAGCUCUUUUUGACACAGUCGGCACUAUAUGUGACUGAGCAAGUCAAGGUCAAGCAGAAAAUUGACUACUCCAGUCUAAAAGAAAUCUCUGUUAGUAACUUGAGUGAUGGAUUCCUAAUCAUCCACGUGUCUCCAGAGGACAAUAAGCAGAAGGGUGAUGCCAUAUUACAAUGUGACCAUAUAUUUGAAGUGGUCACUAAGCUGUGCAUGCUGUCUUCUAAGCAAGAAGCAGUCAAGAUUGGCCAAGGAAGCAUCACAUUUUACUUCCAAGGCAAGGACGGGGUUAUUGAUUUCACAUCAGGGACUGAAACACAGGUGUACAAAGCCAAGAAUGGACAUCUGACUGUGACAUCUCCUAGGCUAAAAUCCUAACCACCAAACCUGGCCAAGCUGUAAGUGGAAUCUAGUACUGGGAAUGUGCAACAAUCUGCUAGAGGCCACUGAUGCAUCACUAGUUGUCACUUGUUUCCUCAUUGACGGAAUUAAUUUCUCCUGAGUAACUAUUAUGCUGUAGACAUUGAAGAUCUCCUGGUUUCUUUUGAGCUGUAGACUCUUCUAUUACAACAGAAGCUGGCACCUAUUGCAUUACAUGUUUAAUGUGUCUUUCCCUUCUGUCGGCUGGAGGUACAGCUUUCUGAAAAAAACUGUCAAGUGAAUAAUGUUUUACAAACAUCAGAACCACUGAUUUUACAUACCAUAUAACUGACUACUGACGUCUGACACCAGUCCUAUCCAGUGGUAUAAGGUCCCUUGGAAUAUUUUACAGAAACGGGACAAAAUUAAUAACUCACUGAUUUAUUUUUUCAGCAAAAAAAUUUCAAGUACAAAAAUAAUAAAAUGCUCAGAUGAUCAAUGUUCAAGAAA